CGAAUCAUUAAACGUGUUUUUGUAGUUCUGCUGAAUGCUUCAACAGAGCAAUCAAGACAAAUCUAGAAAUUACUCAACUUCUCAAGUUAAUAAAGAUCAGGGGCACUUAUAAUGAUUAUGUGAAAGUUCCUUUACAAGAUAUGAAGCCAAGCAUUUAGAUGUAGUAGUAUAGAGGGAUAUGCUACAGGUUGAGAUCUGGAGCAGGAGUGAGAGAAAGUGCUGCCAUCUACGAUGACUGUUGAGGAACCACCUCUUCGUGGGCUGCAUAGACUGCAGAUGAGCCACGAAGCAGAGCGGGUGCUAAACCAGCUGAAGGAGAUCACGGGAGUGGAGGAUGUCUCUGUGAUAGGUACGGCCAUGGAGGCAUGCAAGAACACUGAGGGCAAGUACGACCUCGAGAGAGCCGUCAGCCUUCUAGUGGACGAGCACGGACAGAUGGUGCCACCCACCGCUCAGGUUCCAGAAACAGCGAGUAAAAACGGUCCAAAUGGGAUCGUUGCUCUAAAGGCUAAGCCAACCAAGAACAAUCAGGUGAUCGAUCUAACCUGCGACACAUCGGAGUCUGUGCGUGACCCAGAAGACGACCUUCAGAAGGCUAUAGCAUUGAGUUUGAAAGACCACGCAGAGAAGUACAAGGCACACGAUCAAGGUGAAAGCUUGCCGAUUCCAGUCAGCACCGAGGAACAACACAUCAGCAGGGCCCUUGAGGAGAGUCUAGCAGAGAGCAAGGGUGGCAUGAAGCGCAAACGAGGCGAGUGGUUCGUUGAUCCGAUCAACCCACACGAGAGGAAGCGGGUGAAAGGCUGGCCAGUCGGCCUCAAGAAUGUGGGCAACACCUGCUGGUUCUCUGUAGUCAUACAGUCACUGUUUCACUUGCCAGCUUUUCGCAACCUAGUGCUGCGUUAUAGCUCUCCAAACAAUGAUGCAGAAACUGCGAUUACAAUCACGAAGGAGCAGAAGCAGAUCUACGAGUUCAUGGGCGAGCUUCGGCAGCUGUUCGCGCUGCUGCUCGCCUCCGACCGCAAGUAUGUAGACCCGACGCCUGCGAUCGAGAUCCUGCGUGGCACGCUGAGCAACGUCAGCGGCAUGCUGGACAGCCAGCAGGACGUCAGCGAGUUUCAGCACAAGCUGCUCGAGUGGCUGGAGGAGGCGUUCAAGCGACGCGGCGGCGGCGGUGGCACGGCGGCGUCGGAGUCUCGAGGACCGAGCAAGAAUCCGAUGAUUGAUCUAUUCUAUGGCGUGUACAAAUCCUAUGGCAUUAACGAAGGUAAAGUGUUUUCUAACCAGGGAGACAUUUUGGUCAGUACCCCACUACAAGUAAAUGGCUUUAAGGAUCUUCAUCAGAGUCUUGAGGCAUCUACUGCUACAGAGGAGAUUGAAGCAUUAGAUUCUGGUGCUCCUAGCAAAUCGGGGCUGGAGCACUGGUUUACAAAGAUGCCCGGGGUGUUGACAUUUGAACUGUCGAGGUUUCAGUUUAACCAGCAGUUAGGAAAGCCUGAAAAAAUACAUCAGAAGUUGCAGUUCCCUAAAGUCAUCUACAUGGACAGAUAUUUAGAAAGCAACAAAGAGUUAACACGUCAAAGAAGGGAAGAGAUAAGGAAGCUCAGAGAGGAACUAUCAAAACUGGAGACAAAACUAGAACGCAUCGACGAGCAGUCCGGCUCAGUGGAUGCUGGCCAGCAAAAGCAGGUGGAGAUGCAGUGCACUCCUCCGAAAUGCGUGAAGCCUGACGUUGCCAUGACGCCGCCGAAGUCUGUGCGGUUUGAGGGUCCGGCGCCGAAGCACGUGACGACGGAGGAGCUGUGUGUGCUCGAGGGCUGCCUGCAGCGGUGGCAUGCCGAGGUCGAGAACGACGUCAGAGAAUUGCAAGACAGCAUAGCUAUGCUAAAUGAGAAGAUAGGCAGCAUGUACUCUGAUAUGAAACAGGUGCCAUACCGACUGCAUGCGGUGUUGGUGCAUGAGGGGCAGGCGUCUGCCGGACACUACUGGGCAUACAUCUACGACUCUGCACACAAUCACUGGCUGAAGUUCAAUGACAUCACCGUGUCAGAGGCAUCGUGGGAGGAGCUGGAGAAGGAAUCCGUCGGUGGAUACUAUAACACGAGUGCUUACUGCCUGAUGUACGUGAAUGCCAAGCAAACAUCGCUGAUGGAAGACAUAGUAGACCAAGAGACGGGUCAAUGCAGUACCAAUCCUCUAGACCUGCUGCCAACUGACCUCCAUGACAUCGUUUGUGAGGAUAAUAUGAAGUUUGCCAAAGAAAUAAUGGAGUAUGAUAAGGAGCAAACAAAAGCUGCAACUGAGAUGGAGGAAUGCGUCGUAACGGGGCAGUUUGAGCAUGGAGACAAUUACCAAAGGCAGAUGAAAGCCAGAACGUCUGCGACACAGACACCGGCAGUACCGAUUUCCAAGGUCAACCUGGCCGUAGAGCACAGCCCGGCAGUGCCGAUGGCCAAGGUCAACUUAUCGAUGGAGCAUGCUCAGCUGUCUGUUGUUGAUACCCGCCUCAUAAUUGGAAAAGUUCUGAAGACCCAUGGCAACGUGAACAAUCUGCAGGGAGGAAUAGAGACAGCUGUUAGUGAGGCAGCAGAGAUAGAAGCCAGAAGACUUGCCCAGCUCUCUAAGCAAAAGAACACACCGACUGACCACAGGCUAAGUCACAUCAUGGUCUACCUCUAUCAAAACCAGAUGGAGAAACAGAAUGUUGUGCGCAGGAUCAUGCUGGAACAGUUCACUCCCAAAGUUCUCAACAAUGACCCAAGCACAGCAGAGUUCAGACGGACAGCUCUGCAUAUGCUAGAGGGGAUGGUGCUGGCAGAGUCGGAGCGCAGGUUGUAUCAGGAGGUGCAUGAGGAUUAUGAGAUGUUCAGGAAGACUGUCACAUGCUUCAUGCACGGCGUCCACCUGUUCCACAAGCAGUCAUAUCAAGAGAGUCUGGCCUAUCUGGUGCAUGCUUGCAAUCUGAACCAGAGUUUGAUUAAGAAGGGUGCACAGAGAGGCAUGGAGCCACGACUAACUGGUUUCUACAGACGUCAAUGUGCACUG